AGUAAUCAGGAUGUUCUUAAUGAGCUCCAUCUUCAGGAGGUCAGACUCUGACGGCCCAACACAAGAUGGAGUCACAGCGAAAACAGAGUUGUCUGGGCUGGUACCUCGCCUCGCUCCUCCUUAUACCGCUCCUGGUUCUCCCCGGCCUGUGCUUGGACACGCUGCUGUGCAACCACUGCCCCCUGCAGCACAAGGGCCAAUCCUGCCCCGAUGUCACCACCACCACCAGGUGCCUGGCCGACGAGCGCUGCGCCAGCUCCUGGGGCCGAUUCGGAAGCCUCCACGUCCUUUCCGCUCAGGGCUGCAUGACGGAUGUGCUGUGCGGGACCCACGAGUUUCUAAGAUACCGGGGGAUUCGGUACAACGUGAGCCACGCAUGCUGCUGCGAGGACCGCUGUAACCUUGCGCCCCGGCCGGAGAGCGCCCUGUCUGCUCUGCUGGGGCUGAUCGCCCACAAACUGGAGGGUAUCAACUUUGGGAACUUGACGAGGAACGUCAUCGCCGAGGUGCCCUCGGAUUCGUGCAUCAAUUAUACGUCGUCGAGGGGCCACACCAGGGGUGACGUCUUCGAUACAUUGAGUUAAUGACGUCCCCCCUAGAAGGAGGAGUCUCUUAUCCAAGGACGCUCUCCUGACUUCGCCUAGAAACACGCACUGUUGUAAAAUGAAUCUAAUGUCUUCAUUAAGUCAUGAAAAUAUUUGAAAAUCUCUAAGUUAGUGUAUGCCUUGUGGUGCUUAUUGUAAUCCAGAGAGGUAAAGAUGGCUUGUUAACCAUUUUCCUGGUAAAUGCAAUUAAAUAAUAUUACAAAUGUUGGCAGUCUUUGUCUUGUAGCACACACACAAUAAAGGUAGGCAUUACAGAACCGAUCUUUGAUUGGUUAA